GUCGUAAGCAUUAAUAACGCGCUCUCUCUUCGCCCGCUAACCACUUCUGAAUCUGCAGUAACACCGGUGCUGUCCGCUCUAGCUGAUCUGCUGAAGUUCAAGACCCCCGUCGAGCUGAACGCCCGGUUCAUAACGACACUGCCACAUUACUUUUACUGUGUGUUAGUUGCGUGUUUUACUCGCAAGCACCUUUGUCUCGCACGGUUUCAAAUUCCCAGUUACGAUCUUGAAGUCUAGGUGACGAUGGCAGGUGCGAUGAAGUUGACUCAAAUCGCGUUGGCUAUCCUGCCUUCUUUGCUUGCCUUGUCAGUGUCGGCUCAGACCGUGGCUUCGCAGGCUUAUACGCCUAUGUCCGGCGCAUGCCCUUCAAAUUUCUCGCUCGUCCGCAUGGCGGGUUCGUCAGCGGAUAAUCAGACACUCAGUCCAUCAGAAUCUGCUUACAUCCAAACCAGGAAGUCUCAAGUCCUGCCUCAGGCCUGGAAGUCAUAUCUUGCAAAUGUCCAGGCCACCAAAGUCUCGCUUCCCGAUUACGUUACCAAUAUCCUCGAAGGCAACAGCACUCAGAACCCAACUCUUGGAAUUGCUACAAGCGGAGGGGGUUACCGAGCUGCCAUCUUUGGAGCUGGUGUCUUGAAUGCAUUAGACGCGAGGAAUGGUUCUUCGGCGAGCGCUGGGACAGGAGGAUUGCUACAAGCUGCUACCUAUCUCUCUGGCUUAUCAGGCGGAUCUUGGUUCCUCACAUCUCUUGUUCAAGCCGAUUUCCCCACUAUCCAGGAUCUUGUCUUCGGGCCGACUUCUGGUGCUUCUGCUUCGAAUAAUACCAAUGCAUGGGGAGGGUGGUUGGCUCAGUACGAUAUAUUUGCCCCUAAUGAUAAUCCCAUCACCGAUGUAGAGUAUAUCAAAGAUUUGGUGGAAGAGUUGCAAGGGAAGCGAGAUGCAGGAUAUGUGGUCACUUUUGCAGAUUUCUGGGCACGCGCUUUGGCCAGACAUUUUGCUAAUGGGACGACAGUCACAAAUUUCUUUGAUGAAUCUGUAACUCAUGGGGCCGGAGUUUUGUUCUCCGGUGUAGCUAAUACAUCGUCUUUUACAUCUCAUUCGAUUCCCUUCCCAAUCGUGAUUGCCGAUUUGGAUUCGCCAUCCCAGAAUACAUCCAAUGUCGAGGCAGGAGAUUAUAUUCCUCUCACGAAUCCUCUAAUCGAGUUCAAUGUUUUUGAAAUGGGAUCUUUCGAUCCCGUGCUUUCGGCCUUCACGCCCACCAAAUACCUAGGUACUCAGAACACGAGCGUGUGUGUAACUGGCUAUGAUCAGUCUAGCUUUGUCGCUGGAAGUUCGUCCGAGCUUUUUAACGAGUACAACCUAACCAACAUCCUCAAUGCGACCCUCGGCUCAGUGAUUUCUGUUUUCGAGAGCCUCCUACCUCAAGAAGGGGUUGAGCUUGACGUUGCGUCGUGGCCAAAUGCAUUUUAUGGAGUAUCUCCGGACACAUUUAUCGACUCUAACCAAAAGAACUUGAAUUUGGUUGAUGGAGGAGAGGAUGGAGAAGUUAUUCCCAUACAGCCAUUGCUUGUCAAAACACGAGACGUUGAUGUCAUAGUUGCAAUCGAUGCAACGUCCGAUGUUAAUAAUUUUGCGGAUGGUAGCUCGUUGAUAGCUACACAAAACCGCACGACUUUCUUCCCUUCCGCUUAUUCUUUCCCGCCCGUACCUAACACCCUCUCUGAAUUCACCGCUCAAAAUCUCAGUACUCGCCCUACAUUUUUUGGAUGCAAUACUAGCACUACUGCUCCCCUUGUAAUUUAUCUUGCGAACGGUGGACCCCCUCACAACGGCGAAGCUCCAUUGACCAACACGUCUACAGCCCAGAUUUCGUAUCAGGCCGCACAAAUUCAAGCAAUGCUGGACCAGACGUUUUUAAUCACUACCCAGGGCUAUCCUGCCAACUCCAGUGAGGCGGAAGAUCCAGAGUGGCCCGCAUGCCUGGCAUGUGCAGUUGUCGACCGUGCGAGGAAUCGCACGGGUGUUGAUAGGAGCGGAGUCUGUGCAAGCUGUUUCGAGAGAUAUUGUUGGGACGGUGAUGUUACAACGGGUGCUCCUAGCAGCACGAGUAAGGCUUCUCGUGUGAAUGUUGUGAUGCCUGUACUGGGUGCGGUGUUGGCAUCAGCAUUCGCUGUCUCGGCCAUGUGAAUAUUGCGAUGAUGCCUGGACAAGAAUAUCGAUAUAUUAACUGUUGUGGACUGGAAAGUUUUUGUUGUUGCGCACGCUACGAAUGAUAACGGAUCUAUACGUACAUGGACCAAAUGACACGCUAGCCUUGACAUCCUGUAAUUACGUUUGACUAGUAUCUUUGCACUGCCAGUGGAACUUACGGGUACCAGGUUUCCAAAUCACUCUCGUCCCUCCGCGAUUUCUACGGAAUUUUUUGUCAAUUAGUCAGAUGUCUGUAUGCUAUUGCUUGCCAAUACAACGUAGUGCGACAA